AUCAAAAUUAUACAUCAAUACUAUUUUGAUGAAACCAUUGGGUCAAAUGGUUAAUAAACAAAAACAGCGUGAAUUAGGGACAUCAGAACCACAUAAUCUGGGUAACUAAUAGAUAAGUUAUACUAAAGAAAGGGAAUAUUUGCUUGUAUGAAUUUUUAAUAAGUGGAGGAGAACACAACAAACACAUGCUGCACACAGCCAAUACACUCACAUUUAAUUAUGGGCAUUGAAAUGAUAUUGUAGCUCAAACUGGAGUAAUAAAUCUUUUCAUUGGACUUAGAUUAAGCUAAUCCACUGCAUCCAUGACCACUGUGCCUGGUGUCGUCGUAUCCUGUGUUUUCUUUAUUUGUGGGCGUCGUCAGGGCAAAGUUUGCUUGUGUGUGGGCUUCACUCCCGCACGGUAAGAAACAGCGAACGAACAGACGCGAAAGCUCCCUCCCGGUCGUAGUACAUCGCUGUCAGUUGCCGUUAUUAGACGUGAGCUUUUGGUCGGUUGACUUCGUUAUCUUGAUUGCGAAUCUCGUCGCAGCCUCCGCAACCUUUAUAACAUUAUAGAUUCGGAAAGCCAAAAAAGUCACACAAAAAUAUAAACAAAUUUAAAAAAAAAAAACAAAAAUAAAAUAUAAAAUUACAGACAGUUUAUUAUGUUUUACUCUUGUCUUGUAAUGUGUGACUAAAUAUACAUAUUUUAUCAUUUCGCUAUCUGCAAUUAAAAUAUUCUAUGUUUGCGUGCGAUCCAAAAUUAACUGUGCUGAGCAGCGACGCCUCGUCAACAUAUUUGCGCAAUUUCUGUCUGUGUCCAUUGCUGAGCUGUUUAAUUGUGCAGCCCAGCACAAAGAGCGAGAGACGAGGAAGUGUGUGCCAGGUUCGUGCUCCCUGUCCACACCCGCAACUGACCUCCAGCUGAGAUGUUCGCAGUGGGAGGCAACAGCUACAGCAGUCAGUGAAAAGUACGGCAAAUACAUAUGCUCAACUGCGAACGGAGAGUAAGCUGCAAAUGUACAGGAGUGCAUUUAAGGGCUGAGCCUCUACAAUAAGCAAUUGCCUUGGCAGUUAGUUACCUAUCGACAGCCUUGACAGCCGCGACAUUUCGUAUGGCCGAGGAGGAGCUGCAAGCGUUAGUCGAGAGCCUGGAUGGCGCCUCGGCGGAGAACAUUGCCAAUGCCAUUGCCAACUUCUCAUUGGAUAUGCUGCAGCGAGCCAGCGCCCUAAUUGGCACCCAGCAGCUGCACAGCGGUGCUCUACUUAUCAAUCGAACCCUGGAAGAACAGUGCAGGCACCAAGUAGAGCUGGAGCAGCGCCUAUACAGUAACAGCAGCAGCAGCAGCAAUGCAUCAUCAAAUGUCAAGCCGGAUUUGCAUUGUCCCACCUCCUUUGAUUCGGUGCUGUGUUGGCCGCGUACCAAAGCCAGCAGUUGGGCUGUGCUGUCCUGUUUCGAGGAGUUUAAAGGUGUACACUAUGACACAACAGAGAAUGCAACGCGAUAUUGCCACGCGAAUGGCACAUGGAAUCAUUACUCCAACUAUAGCAGCUGCCACCAGCAGUCGGGCUCCGUGGCCGAUGUCCCAGAUUUCUCGGCUAGCGUCGACCUGCCUGCCAUUAUCUAUACUGGUGGUUAUUUUAUGAGUUUUGCAACUUUGGUGGUGGCGCUUAUAAUAUUCCUAAGCUUUAAAGACUUACGCUGUCUGAGAAACACAAUCCAUGCGAAUCUAUUUCUAACUUACAUCACCUCGGCGCUGCUCUGGAUCCUAACACUCUUCCUGCAAGUGAUAACCACUGAAUCUAGUCAGGCUGGCUGCAUUACGCUGGUCAUAAUGUUUCAAUACUUUUACCUGACUAAUUUUUUCUGGAUGUUCGUCGAAGGUCUCUAUCUUUAUAUUUUGGUCGUACAAACGUUCUCCAGCGAGAAUAUUAGCUUUGUUAUCUACGCAUUGAUUGGCUGGGGCUGUCCGGCUCUCUGUAUUUUGGUGUGGUCCAUUGCCAAGGCAUUUGCAUCACAUCUGGAGAACGAGCAUUUUAAUGGGCUGGAAAUUGAAUGUGCCUGGAUGCGAGAAUCUCAUAUUGAUUGGAUAUUCAAAGGGCCCGCUUCGUUGGCGAUUCUUGUUAAUUUAGUCUUUCUUAUACGUAUUAUGUGGGUGCUCAUCACCAAACUGCGUUCGACGCAAACAUUCGAAACGCGACAGUAUUAUAAGGCCUCUAAGGCUCUGCUGGUGCUAAUACCCCUCUUUGGCAUCACCUAUCUACUGGUGUUAACUGGACCCGAGCAGGGCAUUAGUCGAAAUCUCUUUGAGGCAUUACGCGCCUUUCUACUCAGCACGCAGGGUUUCUUCGUGGCUCUGUUCUAUUGCUUUCUGAACUCAGAAGUGCGGCAGACGUUGCGACAUCGUUUCGUCAUAUGGCGGGAGAGCCGAAACAUUCAUCGCAGCAACUCCCGCAAGAAUCGCAGACAUCGCACAUCCAAAGACUACUCGCAGCGCUCGCGUACUGAAAGUCUACGACUGACUUCGACAAGUCCCGUGCCCGCUGGACAUUUAGAAUGAUAUAUAUGUACAUACCGCACGCCGCGCGUGUUAUAUACAUAUAAAUAUAUUUGUCUAUAAGUAUUGUAUUGAGCAGACUAUUAAAGUAUUAAUUUUUGCAAGUUACAACGAACUGGAAUUACUUAUUCAACUUUAAAUUAUAUAUUAAUCCCAAUCUCUUACAGCACCGAGGAGUGCGUCAUCUGCUUGAGACCCUCGCUGCACACACGUAUUGGCUCAUUGAAUCGCUUUCACAGCAUAGAUUUAACCGACUUUGUUUAAAAGCUGAGAAUUUAUAAUUGUAAAAACACAAAAAACAAAGACACAAAUAUGAAUUGAAUUGAAC